ACAAGGUCGACCUUUACUUUGAUUCCUGCAAAACGGCCUGUCGGACCCAAAAGGUCACGAUUCCAUACAACCAGGCUGGGUCCUUGAAUGAAUCCGACACUGUCCCAAGGGUCAUUUUUCUUUCGAAUCCAUUAUCCUGUGCCUGCUUCCCCCAUCGACAAAAUUGCUGCAGCAUCACUACCGGCGAGCUUCUGGCGUCCAACACAUUGACACCAGCCGAAACUAAACUCAGAAUCGCUCCAACUCAACAAAUCCGUCUGACACAACAAACCCCCCGUCGCCAGCUGGCCCGCCUGCCGCGUAUCGCAAUUUUCCCCUUGUGGCCGCCGUGUCAAGCCCCGGGACCAAUCCCGUUCUUCACCGAAUUGAAGGAACCUCGAUAUCAAAUUCCUUCUGGCCAAAUUGGUUUGAUUCAGCCGAACGAAGAAUAGAAUCAAACACAGAACCGGCCGGCGCUUCCCCUACUUCGAGACCUAAAUUCGUACGACCAGCCGCAGCCGACACGCGGCACCAGAUCGACCCGCGGACGAUUAGCCAAAAAAAACGCUACUGGCUUAAAUUUGACCACAAUAUUGUCUUUUCAAUCGCAUUCGGCGCCGGACCACGCAAAACGCUUCUCGGAGUCGAGGAGGAGCAAGUUGAAAAACAAGCAGCAGGAAUCCGGGAAUAUACACACGGCGUUGCUAGCGACAAGCACCAUUGCGUGCUGUUGGCGACCGAAGGCCGUUUCUCUGUCAUCACCGACGUCCCGACCAACAUCAAGACAGGUCGGGAUGUCUGCCCACGCAGAUUUCUCGCCCGAAUUCGACUUGGUCGACUCCGACGAAGGGCCUCUUUCCUAUCUUGAAUUUAUCAACAGCGACGACCCCGAUAGCCUACACGCCUAUGAGGCUUCAAGAGCAGCCGACUCCAAAGCCGUUUUAACACCAGCGCCCAAUCCGCCUCCUAUAUCAAACCCGGCGAGCUCUCCCGAGUCACCAAGCCCCUCAUUUCCGGAUUCAUCCUCAGAAUCAUCUUCAUCAAAGCAGACCGGAGGCAUGGCUUCUGCAAAACCUGGCUUCGUAGCCGGUGACGUGAUGAUGGACGGAUUGGAAUUCACGGGCGAUUGGAAAGUUGAAGACUUCUUGCACACAGAGGAUGACAACAGCAUAGCCACAGAUGGGACUAUUAACCCAUUAUCCAUUGAGAACCCUUUCGGUCUUGACCCUUCUAUUGGUCCAUCCAGUUUCGAGUUUCAGAGCCCGAGUAGCACACCAAGUCCAUUCGCCAGCGGAGCUUCAGAGCAAAUGACCUCUCCCAGGUCACCGAACGGAAAUAUCAACGGCCCUCCCAAUUAUUCAAAAUCUUCCGAGGUUCCCAAAAUGAACGGUCGAGGGCAUAACAAGGCCAUGUCGUACUCGCUUACCCAGUCAAUGUGUGAUCUCAAGACAAAGUCUAGGGAGGUUUCGCCCACUUCCAACAUGGUAUUCAGCCAGGAUUCAUCGCCUUCUGCGAUUCUGAACAACUCGCCCUCCCCUGCCGGGAUUGAUUUCAUCAGCGCCUCUGGAAUGGGGAUUACCGGCGAGGCAGCGCUAUUCGCCGGGUUUUCCUUCACACACGGACUUCAGAAUGCGCAGAAUCAAAACAACGGAAAUAUGCCUGCGGUAUUCCCAAAUCAGCAAAUACCACCCAGUGUUUCAGGACAGCCACAAUUUCCGAUUUACCAGCAAUCUCUGUUUGGCUCUGGCCCGCCAUGCCGCCUGACCAUCAACCAGACACCUCUCAAGUCACGUGUGGAAACGCAGAUCCCGGUAAAGUUGACCAUCUCGCCUUUACCUCCGGGCAUCAAGCGCCUGCAUCUGCCCAGGCACACCAUCUCAAAGCCCAAGCUCAUCGCGAAGCCUUGGCCGGAGAGGUCCCCGGAUAUGCUGGAACUCACGGUGAUGCUGGUCUGUACAAGUGCGAUGCAAAAUCCUGAGGUCCGCAAGCGUGCCCUGGCCCGCGCCGCUGCUGCAUCAUCAACUUCAAAGCCCGGGGAUGGCAAUAACGAGGCCGACAAGGAGGAAACAAAACCUCAAGACGGCGGCGAGGUUCACAUCUGCCCCGGCUGCAUCACUCGAGAAAGGAAACGCGCCGCUCGGAAGAAGGCGAAGAAGCCGGAGGAAGAGGAGAACUGGACUCGCGAUGAACACCGCCGUGUGGUUGUCUUCAACACACACGAGAUCAAGGAAUGGCAGGACCCAAACGCUCCUGGGCCCAAGGCAGCGCAAUCAGGGCACUACCUGACUAGCGGAGUCAUUGACGCGCCGAUGCGGAUAGCAUGCUACUGCAGGCAUCACCAGGAAAAGGGCGGGUUCCGUGUAAUUUUCACCAUUAAGGAUCACAUGGAUAAGCUCAUCGCGCAACAACUCUCCGAGUCCAUUAUGAUAACCGAUGACCACAAGACUCCGCACACCGCGCAAUCCACCAACCCGCAAUCUGCACAGGCUUCCGGAUCGGACCCGUCGCUGAUACACGGAAAUGGUAAUCCGGCAUCUCACGACACUAAUGCUCCGAGUCCCGGUGCUUCGGUGCCUGGGUCUUCGCAUUCGCACUCUGAGGUGCCGGCUUCCAAGUCCGUUACAUUCCCUUCGGGACUAUCCACUCCCCAACAACCUCAGCAUAUUGUUCAAACACCGCGAAACCUAUCAAGGCCCGUAUCGCCGAACGGUAGCUCAGGCCCGAGUGCCAAGAAGCGCAAGUCUAGCGGAGGCAUGACAAAGGUCCCUUCAGGAUUAGCCAUGACUAGGAUUGAAACUUCGCAGUCGCCUGGGGCAUGCAAGCCGACGGGUAACGGCCAGAUGAACUCAGCAAUACCUUCAGCCACGUCACCUUUCACCCCUAACCUGAGCUCGUUCUCGAUAUCUGCCGAGUCCAUGUUUGGAAAUGGUGGCACUCCCAACAGCGGAAAUAUCGCUCAGCCUUUCAACGGCGGUCCUCCCACUCCCAAUGGCAAUGACCAAGUUCUGUUUGCAACCAGCAAUGGGGCUGCUGGCUUGGACAACAUCGCAAUGACUCAGCUUUAUUCUGCCCCUGGGUCUGCGCAUCCCAGCCGUGCCCCCAGUCCGAACAGCCUCAGGAACAACUCAAACGCCAGCGCAGCGCAUCAGCAACAAUCACAGUCUCACCUGGAACGAGCCCUGGCCAAUGGCAUCUACAAUCUCCCUAUGAAUAUGGCACAGCCCCGGACGCAACUCUCCGUGAUUCAUAAGAUCAUCCCUAAUGAGGGUCCAAAAUCAGGAGGUAUCGAGGUCACCAUCCUCGGUGGCGGAUUCUAUCAAGGACUGGAGGUUAUGUUCGGUGAUCAGAAGGCAACGACGACAACAUUUUGGGGCGAGAGCUCACUUGUGUGCUUGCUGCCGCCAUCUCCUGUCUCUGGUGCUGUCCUGGUAACGUUUAAACAGAAUGGACAAACGGCGCCCCAGCAAUUCACAUCUGCAACCAAACAUCAGCCUAUCUUUAAGUAUGUGGACGAUGAUGAGCAGCAGCUGAUGCGGACAGCUUUGUCCGUUCUGGGGCACAAGAUGACGGGCAAGAUUGAGGAUGUGAGGGAUGUAGCUCGAAGGAUUAUCGGUGGAGGCAACGGCGACAGCUCAAGCUGGGGUAAUUCGAAUGGUAACGGCGGUCAGGGCCCUGUUGGCGGCAACUACAACGGGUUCUCUUUCAACGGUGCCAGCACUGAAUCUCAGCUUCUGAAGGUCCUCGACUUGAUAGACCUGGACGACAGCACCCACAAGGCACGACUCAACCUGCAGAGGCGCACGGGUCAGACAAUGCUUCAUCUUGCCUGCUCUCUUGGUCUCCACCGCUUUGUCGCGGCCCUGCUAGCUCGCGGGGCGAACCCCGACGCCCGAGACAAGGGAGGCUAUACGCCACUGCAUAUCGCAUCUCUCAACAACCAUGUUGAGAUAGUGAGAAGACUGAUUGCGAAGGGGGCGGAUCCGACUAUGCGUACAUUGUCUGGAUUAACUGCGGCUGACAUGUCCCAGUCCCGUGACAUAUUAAAGGCCAUCCGACGCUUGGAAAGACACAGGCGAUCACAAAGCGGCGGAUCGAUGCACAGCAGGGUCAGCAGUGCGACAUCUCUGCGAUCGCUGUGGGAGCCGGCUUCUGCCCAGCCCACUGCCAAAGAGUACACCUCGGAGGACUCUACAUCAUCGGGCGAGAGCCCCGAGUACUCUGAGGAUGCAACUUCAGAAGACGAUUCUGAAAUGGCUGCCUCUGAUUCUGGUGGUAACGCUUGGCUGAACAUGAGGCGUGCGAGUACCGCUACCGCGCACGACGGAAAGAUUCCGCAACCUCUAGAUGGGGUUGAUGGCGUCACACCUCCAGGACUGGCAUCACCAUCAGCAGCGGUAAUGGCCUUCAGGGAGCAAUGCAGAGACCAGUUCCAACACUUGCAGCAGGCUAUGGCUAUGAGGUUGCCGACAUUGCCGCAGUUCCCCAACUUUUCGCAAAUGGGGCCGAUCAACUUCCCAGGGAUGCCACCCUUGUCAGAAUACCAGGGCUACCUGAACUCGGCACCUGUUUUCCAGCGCAUAUCUUCCCUGGUUCCAAACAUUGGCGGCAGCGGCGCAAAUGAGCCUAGGCCAGAACAGAGGCGGGACAUGGACGGCAAGUGGUGGGACUUUUCUGGAUUAGUCAACCAGUCUUCAGCACCGCCGCCAGCGUAUGAUGACAUCUUUCCGCAGAAAAACAACCAGGAUAUGGAUACGAAGCAAGCAUCGGCAGCGCGAGCGGCAGCCGAAGCUGAGGCUGACAUGAAGUGCACGAUCAUGUACGAUGAAGAUUCUGUCACUGCAGGGCCGAGCACUUCGACAGUCGACUCUGACGAGGACCAACAGCCUGAGCAGCUGCCGGCCUUGUUGCAGAUUGGGCGGAAGAAUACAAUUACCAAGGAGCAGCAAGAUAACCUCAGACGAGCGCAUGCGGAAAAGAGGAAGGGAUUGAGAUCUGACCGUAAUCUUUUCAUGAUCUGGAUCCCGGUUCUUCUUGUCGUCUUGUGCGCUACGCUCUACAGCAGAGUUCCUGUUGCGAUUUCGGUGAUCAACAGCCUGUUUCCUCCCGGCGGAAUGGCGACAGUCGGCGUAGGAGCGGCCGGUAUGGGUCAGCAGCAACCACCCAGAGAUAUUCGUUUUGAAGUUAUAUAAUCCGGAAUUGUUCAUGUUCAUAGACGGGAAAGGACAAAUGGGGUCGGUGGCUUUGGCGGAGGCAAAGAUGUAUGUUUUAUAAUGAUGUGGCUUGGAGAUGACAUUUGCGCUGUUGCUGUCAUCAAAUGAUAUACUGUCCCCCCAAAAACAUGUAGGGGUUGGGCACACUUUGGUUCUUCACCUUCAUUUUGCUUUGUAUCUGUUUUGUCUCUCCUUUUUCGGGAAGAUUUUGGAGGUUCGAAGAUUAGUGUAUAUAGAGCCGACUUGGGGUCGGGAUUUCUUUUUUCUCUCUCUCUCUUUUUGUCUUUGUUCUUUUGUUCUCAUCUCAGACGGGGAACCAACCAUAUAGGGGUCGCCCGCAGCGCAAGCGCAGGCUUGGGAGUGUUGCUUUGGACUUUUCUUUUCGUUUCUUUUGGACAAACGAGAUCGGUUGGAGUGAUGGUAUCAAGACAGUUCCUUGUAGAUGCCUUGUCGUGAAAGUUAUGUGAAGAUUUUCUAGACCCCGGCUUACUCCUGACAAAACUGUAUCACGAACUAAGCACACCGAUGUUUUGGCAAUCAUGGACUAUUAAUGGUGCACUGGAGCCUG